ACUCCAACGUCGGUCUCAUCGCUAUGGUACCGUUAGCAACCAGCAACGAAGCGGUUCUUCGCAUCUUCCUCUACGCGUGCCUCCUCUUCGUGGCUCCACCUCCAACAUCAGCGCCGGCAAGCGCGCACCCAUGGCACCAACCUCUACCACUGCGAGCAGUAGAGGAGAGCCUUGCUCUUCGUAGCGCGGAUCUUCCCCUCGAACUUACUUCAGACCAGUCAUGGACCACACGCGUCCGUCAAAAGGUGCAAGGAUCCCUGGCUCGAACGCCAUCUUCAUUGGCAUCCUUAUUCGUAGUGUAUACAGUGGAUAAACUUCGGAACCAUGAUUUUUCACGAUCGGAGAGGAGGAUCGAGAUACGUUAUACAUAGAAAACCGGAAACCUCACAAUUGUUCCUUGGAAAAUUUGAUACUUCAAAGUGAUAAGAAAAACUAGAAUUCAAGAUGUCCUGUGUUGAGGAAGGUUUUCGUCUUGGCGGUGCACCUUCCGAAUGUUCGCUCAAGAGUAAAGCAAGGAUAGACGCCCUCUUCGAGGACUCAAAAUCAGUCUGGAGCUCCACGCUCGGAGGCUGGUACGCGGCAGUCUCGACAAUGGCGUCAACGAAUCCCGAAGACAUCGGUACCGAGGAACAGAAACGGGUGAACAGCGCAGUUCAAGCAAGAAUCGAGGCGAUGUUCGCAUCCGUAGAAGCGGAGCACGCAGUUCCUGGGGAAUCGGCAGCAGCCAUUUUAUCGGUAAAGUAUAUGGGAGCAGCGCCAGUGGGCGGGAGAGUGGCAAGCGUCCGAGGACUUCAGGAGCCUCUUCGUCAGCUCUUGGAACGUCUUGAGGAUUCGAUAGCAGCUGAAUUGGAAGUGUCACGACGUGGUUUGACAUUUCGUACUAGUGACAGCAACGAGAAAACGAAUCCCUUCCGUAGAAUAGCAGUCUGGAGUGCAUUGAGGUUGAGGUCCAAGGAGUCAGCCUCGGGUGAACUUCAUCACGCCUUCCUGCCCUUGGUUGGAGACGAACAAGGAAUUGGAUCCAAGGACAAGCACGCCGACCUCUACAGGACCAUGCGUGGCCUCAAAGAAGACGUCAAUGAAUAUCCACCGAUUUUUGCAGUGGUCAUGAGAAGACCGGGUGCCGCCAGAGUUCUAGAGUGUCACGCCUUUGCCUGUCAGGUCGAAGAAGAUGCUAUUGCUGCUGCGGCGACCCUCUAUCGGGCCUUGUUGGCUGAUCUGGAUGCUAAUCGUAGACGACCUAGACAAGCUAAUGGUGUUGGUUGUGUCAGCUUAGCCUCGGUUGCUUCUAGUGUGCGUGAACAGAGUCUAGGAAUGCCAUCAAGAAACUUCAGACAGGCACCACCUAGACCCACUGCUCCACAUCCUGUGAGGCCACCGCGUGUGAAGAAAACUUCGAUUUCCAGUAUCACCGAAGACGAACCAUCUAGUUCUGGUCUGGAAGCUCCUAGAAGGAAAAAGAAGAUACCUGACGUCAAGGCUGAUGACAUACUCGAAGGAAGGAGUCGAAGACAAUCAGCAGAUCUUACCAGUGGCGUCAAACAGAUGAGAACUGGUACCAGCUCGGUGGUCGAUAAGGAAGAGAAGGAAAAUCUGAGGAACAAAUUAUACGACGUCAGUAAAGACAUUUAUGGCGAGGUCGAUAAGCUCUAUGGUAAUAAUGCGAAAGAAGCUGAUUCCAGGAAACUAAACAAGUACGAAAGAUUGCCUAUAAAGAGAUGUGAAGUAUGGAAUAGCUCUGACCAGGUAGAUAGGAUAGAGGAAGAUAGGAACAGAGAAUCAAAAACAAAACAAAUCAAUGAGAUUUAUAUGAAGAAUCAAGGAUCUUAUGAUCUCACGAGGAUCUCACGUAGCAAGAGUAACCUCGCGCUGGAAACUUAUUCCACGAAGAAACCAGGCACUAAACUUUACGAUAGAAAAGAGGAAGCUAACGUUCGCCUUAAUAGUCGCCAGAGUGGUAUUUACGAUCAGGAGGAACUCACAAGAAGGAAUCAUCAAGGGGCACGACAUCAUGAUGACGCGGACAAGAUAUACAGUAUUAACCAGGAAGACGUGUCCUUUCCAAAAAAUUCUGAAAUUUACAGCAGUCGUUCGACUAAUGGAGUUUCCCAAAAAUCCAAUAAAAGUCGACCAAGUUCAUCUAUGGAUUUUCACCCCAGAGAGAAAAUAACAAAACAGAAUGUGGAAGCUGCACGAAGCCAGGAAGAUCUCUAUGGGCAAAAGAGACUCAGUAGAAUAUCGACUAUGGACAAACACGUAAGAAAUACAAGGAGCGAGUGUAACGAUACCAAAAUGGUAGAAUACUCACAGCCAAGAGCAAGAAAAACUAGUAGAGCUGGCAGUGAGCCACCUAGAUGCAGAUCCGAAGAAGCUACUAGAAUGAUAGAGGAGAAUAAGUUAAAGAGGGCUCAGAGUGAUCUUGACGUGGACAGGGGUGAUCUCAUGACAAGGGUUGAAUUGCCACGAAGGGGUAGCUUCCUUAAUACUGGAAAUACCAGAAGACCCAAUAAUAUAACAGGUGGUACGCCAUUGGGAUUUACUGAACUGUUUGAUGAAUUUCGAAAUCAAGAAGGACUCACUAGUGUUGAUGAUAUUUUGGCAGCCAUCAUAGAUCCUGAAGGUAUGUCCUUCAAUGAUUUGAAACCACUCUACAAGGAAUUCCUGCUGAAACUAGCAGCAACUUUGACCCAGGAUGAAUUAUACCAGAGAUCAGCGAGCAUAAUGAGGCGUAGAAGACGACCUCAAAGACGACGCUCUACCAGACGUUCUUGCCUUCUGGGACGUGCGAUCAAGAGAUCGGUAUCGAGAUUAAAGGGCGGACCCACAGAAUUUACUUCUGUUAUAUUUCCCGCGAGAAGACUGAAUGAUAGUUUCGGCAGCAGCUCAUCGUGCGACGCCAAAAAUAACCACAGGAAUCGUGUCCUAGGAAGUAGACUAGGCAGAAGACGAUCGUCGUGGAGAAGGAUGAAGGCUGGCAUAGGACAAACUACGUCAGAGGAUAGCGAUACGUGUAAGAGACUCGGUCGAGGUGUUGCUGCGAAUAGGAGUAGCAGUGGGUACGUCAGCUGUAGCGAGUGUAGUUACGACUCAGAGUCUUGUACUUGCGUGUCAGCUGAUAAAUGUUACUGUUCCUUGUCGAGGAGGAUACCAGUGCCUCCUGCGCCAGGAAACACAACGGUUUGCGCCUGCGACACGGACAGCUGCUCUGAGAGCAACAAGUGUUACUGUGCUAGAAGUUCUGCUCAACCCAGUAUCCUGGAGCAGCUUCGACAGAGAGGCAUUGUACCUUCAGAAAGUACACUUAGUAGAGGUGGUAGUCCUGAGAGAGUUAAAACUUCUAAAACGAAUAGAAGUCUUGCAUCCUCCAGGAGUCUAGAGUUCCUAAAGGUCCGACCAUCACCAACUCCUGGAAGUUCAGAUAAUCUUGCAUUGGAUUAUGACUUGUUUAGUCCUGGUAAAGCUUCACAGAAAUCAUCAAGUAGCGAGAAGGUUCUUGUUGUUAGUGCUAGGGAUCCUCAGGGUAGGUUAGUGUAUGUAGGAGGUGCUGAAAGAGCCAAGAGACCUUCCCUAAAUGGUUCUAAUAGAUCAGUUGGACAUCACGAAGCUCUUUCGAUAAAGAAAAGUGCAGAGAUUGCUGCAGUCUUUGGACUAAACUCUGGCAUGAGUUGCAGACGAGCUGGUAGCAUUUCCAGUGUCAGAAGUUCAAUAAGUCUAGAAGCUGGUUUAGGAUAUUUACCUUGACAAAGGUAUCACAGCUUUCAAUACAACUAUAUUAAUUUAGAAUUACUUUAGUCUUAAAGUCAAUCCUCGUGCAAUGCAAUAUAUUGUUUAUUGAAACAAAAAUAUACCGUAAUGCACGUGUUACAAAGAUCAUUGUAGUGAUCUAGUUAUGUAUUAAUUUUUAACUCAAAUUUUGUUGUUGACUUGACAAAGCUUGCCAUUACUUGAUUAAGUAUUAAGAGGCAUUAAGAAGCAAGGAAUUACAAUUAGGAUAACAUUACUUUAAGAGGUAACUUAUUGAUAUGUAUUCAUCACUAGAGUCUAAAAUUGUGUCAAACAAUUUGUUUCCUUAUCUUUGGCUGAAGGCAUUCACAAUAUCGAUUAAAGAUGCAGAACUUUAGUAGAAACGUCAUUACCUUGACGAAGCGCUAUUCUCUGUGUAUCUAAGAUCUGUAGCCAAAAAUGUAGUGAAGAUUUCGUUUGUUUGUCAGUAUUUGAUACUCAUAGAUCAUUCAUUUUAUUGCCUGAUUUUAUUACAUGCAUAUUAAUGACUCUCCUACUACACUGGACCUGAUAGCUUAAUAAAUGAAAUAUACUAGGGGCAGUGCAAUAUUUACGGGCCGCUAUGCAAAAGGCUUUGUAAAAAUAAAGCUUUAUAAUUUAAGUGAC